CCCGGCGAACGGGAGAGACGCCUGAUAUUGCUCACUGUCUCCGGCCGACACUCGACUGUUCAUUCUCUGUGUGCGGCAGAGACAGUUGGCGAGCCAUUUUGCUGUACAUAGUCGCCGGCGGAUACGUAAAGGGGAGAGAGAGAGAGAGAGAGAGAGAGAAAGAAUGGCUAGCGACGGAGAAGACGACUCCGACGGCGUCAUCGUAAUGAGCGAGCCCCUACUGGCGCAGCAGCGGCUGCCGUCAAGUAAAAACAUGACCUCCCAGCUAGCCCUCGUUGGUGCCAAUGUCUGCCCCAUGGAAAGCUUGGACUACGAGACAAUCGAGAAUGACUUCUUCAAGCACGACUGGCGGAGCUUGGGAGGAGUUCAAAGGUUUCAGUACGUUCUUCUGAAGUGGACCAUUUGCUUUUUGAUCGGCAUUAUCACAGGCCUUGUUGGAUUCUUCAACAAUCUAGCGGUGGAGAACAUUUCAGGAUUCAAGUUUCUUAUAACCUCAGAUAUGAUGUCAGAGAAGAAGUACUUUCUUGCUUUUGGAGUGUUUACAGUGAUCAAUUUUGUUCUCGUUCUAUUCUCUUCAGUAAUAACAGUAUGUUUUGCACCAUCAGCAGCAGGAUCUGGUAUACCGGAGGUCAAGUCUUACCUAAAUGGUGUAGAUGCACCGGGUAUCUUUGCCCCACGAACCCUGUUUGUGAAAAUAGUUGGUUCUGUUGGUGCUGUAUCAUCGUCACUAUACAUUGGUAAGGCUGGUCCAUUGGUGCAUACUGGUGCAUGCAUUUCAGCUCUCCUGGGACAAGGAGGAUCCAAAAAAUAUGGCUUAACAUGCAGGUGGAUACGUCAAUUCAAAAAUGACAGAGAUAGGCGGGAUUUUGUAACAUGUGGCUGUGCUGCUGGAAUUGCUGCUGCUUUUCGUGCACCUGUAGGAGGUGUGCUUUUCUCUAUUGAGGAGUUAUCAUCUUGGUGGCGAAGUGCUCUACUCUGGAGAGCUUUUUUCACAACAGCAAUGGUUGUUGUAGUGCUACGUGCACUAAUUGAUGUUUGUAACUCCGGAAAAUGUGGCUCAUUUGCAGAAGGUGGUCUAAUUAUGUUUAAUGUUAACUCAGUGGAUAUUGAAUAUCACCUAAGUGAUCUGCCUCCUGUGAUCUUUCUUGGAAUUAUUGGGGGGCUACUGGGGAGCCUCUUUAAUUAUCUACUGGACACGGUGCUUAGAUUUUACAAUCUUCUUUACAAGAAAGGUAUUGCGUAUAAAUUGUUUCUUGCUGGCGCACUUUCUGUUUGUACUUCUUGUUGCCUAUUCGGAUUGCCAUGGCUAGCUACAUGCACCGCUUGCCCAACUGAUAGUGAGGAAUCAUGCUCAACAUAUUUCAAAACUGGGAACUUCCAAAGAUUUCAGUGCCAAGAAGGUUACUACAAUGAUCUUGCCAGCUUAAUUUUCAAUACCAAUGAUGACGCCAUAAGGAACCUUUUCAGAUCAGGCACCGACCAUGAGUUCCGCUAUUCAUCAAUUAUUUUGUUCUUUUUCACUUCCUUCACUCUUGGAAUUUUGAGCAGUGGUGUAGUAGCUCCAUCAGGCCUGUUUGUGCCUAUCAUCUUGAUAGGUGCUACUUAUGGGCGCCUUGUUGGGAAGGUCACAGGUUCCUAUGGCACACUCAAUGAGGGACUUUUUGCAACACUUGGAGCUGCAUCUUUCCUGGGAGGUACAAUGAGAUCAACUGUCUCUUUGUGUGUGAUAAUUGUAGAACUUACCAAUGAUAUCUACUUGCUUCCACUGGUCAUGCUGGUUCUGCUGAUAUCUAAAUCAGUGGCUGAUUCCUUCAACAUCAAUGUUUUUGAUCAAAUUGUUCGGAUGAAGGGGCUUCCAUAUCUUGAAGCCCAUGCAGACCCUUAUAUGUGGCAACUGAUUGUAAGUGAUGUUGUCACUGACCCUCUAUGGACCUUAAACGGGGUAGAGAAAGUAAGACAUAUAGUGCAUAUACUUAAAACAACAAAACAUAAUGGGUUCCCUGUGAUUGAUCAGCCACCUUUUUCAGACUCACCACAGUUGUUUGGUCUGGUUCUUCGUGCUCAUCUCCUUGUGCUGUUGAAGAAGAAAGUUUUCUCUGAGACAUGCGCCCUUGCUGACAUGGAUGCUCUUCGAAAGGUCUCUUCUGAUGAUUUUGCAAAGUCUGGAUCAGGUAGAGUUGACAGUAUUGAAGACAUACAUUUGACAGAAGAAGAACUGGAGCUGUUUGUUGAUUUGCACCCUUUCACCAAUGCUUCACCUUACACAGUUGUGGAGACAAUGUCAUUGGCAAAGGCCCUCGUACUGUUCAGGCAGGUUGGUCUACGGCACAUGUUGGUUGUGCCUAAGUCGUCUGAUAGAGCUCCUGUUGUGGGUAUAUUGACCAGGCAUGAUCUUAUUUCUGAGAACAUCCUAGACUUGUAUCCAUAUUUGAAAAGAAGCAAAUUGAGGAGGCAUCGAUUUCAUCCUCCUUCCUUGAUCAGAUUGUUUAAUUCAACAGCGCGGGACUAAUGUACAGGCCAUAUCAUGAUCUCUGGUUAAGCCUGCACAAUCAUUAUUUUUUGUUUGAUUUUUUCCGCUUUCCUUUUUUCUUCCUAUUUUAUCAUAACAGAAGUUCAGAUGGGUAAAAUUCAUCUGACUUGCUUCGUUGCAUUUAUGACGAUGUUUCUCAUGAAUGUAUUCUGUGGAAUGGGUCAUCAGUUCAGUUUGGUCUUGGGUGACGUCAAGAUGAAAGCUGCCUUCUAAUGAUAGUCCAUCAGGUUGUUCACUAACAGGAGGAAAACAAGGAAGUCCAGCAUAUUGGUAUUCUUGCAAUCUUAAGCAGAAACAUUAUUCUUGAUUGUGGCCAGGAUACCGUGUUUCUGGUCUCUGUAGCCUGUAAGCAUUUCCCACAAGUUGGUUACUUCAUCAAAAUUUUCAUCAACGUUGCAAACUGGUAAAACCAUAACAGUGCAACAGUAUGCCUGCUUCUGCUAUCAACCGUUGCUGUGCCAUACUAUUAUAUCACCCGUUUUUUGACGAUAAUAUCUUUUCAUCUUAUUCAAAAAUGGGUCUGACUACAUCAAGCAAAUAUGACUUUUUGGAGGGGUUCACUAAGGCUGCUUGAUUGCUUGAAGAUGAUUGUGAUUGCAGUUUGUCCAAGACACUCUUGUGAAGCACAGAAUUAUGCAAAGUUUCUCCAAAUGGCUGAAUCUCAUGGAUUGGCAAUCUUCCUCAAGCAGAAUUCUGUUGGGUACAUGUCAGAUGAUCAUGCAUUUUUCUGGCUCUAUUCUCUCGCUGAAAUUCAGGCUGCACCAGCAGGCUUAUGAGUCUAGUUGCAGAAUUGUUUGAUGAAGAGAUGCGGCAUCAACUUCGGCCUUGUGCCUGAUCAGAAAGAAUGUGGAGCAGGACAGUCUGGCUCUUGGAGAGUUUUGUCUAAAGUUGAGAGAAAUUACAUUGCUCAAAGUUCACUUGUGCUCUGUUCAGGUUCUAUAAUGAACUGCAAAAUGAAACAAUCCGGAAAAAAUGAUCUGAUCUUGUAAGUUUGCCAACUAAACUCAAUCUUCUGUCAUAAAAUGAACUCUGUGAACGAGCAGAUCUACAGUAUACCUAGGCCUGUUCUUAUAAAAUUACAUGGACCGGACCUGGGCUAUACUGACUAAAAGUAUUUUACAUGUCUUGAAAAUUGUGGAAUUUUUUA